GGAUUAUCACUCACAGAUUGAAAGCAAAGCAGUCUUCACACACUCUGGGCUUGCGAGGCCACUUGAAUGUGUGUUUCUAAAUCAAUGAUGAGGGUAUCGGAACCAAUACUAGACAUGGAUAUGGCAAAUUAUAGUGAAGUUUUGGACCCAACUUACACAACUUUGGAGUUUGAAACUAUGCAGAUUCUAUAUAAUUCAAAUGAAAGUUCUGCUCCAGAGACGACAAGUAUGAAUACCACAGACAGUGGUGUCAACUGUCUAUGUGCUAUUUGUGGGGAUAGGGCAACAGGGAAACACUACGGAGCGUCGAGCUGUGAUGGGUGCAAGGGCUUCUUCAGACGCAGCAUACGCAAGAGUCACGUCUAUUCCUGCAGGUUCAGUCGGCAAUGUGUUGUUGACAAGGACAAACGGAAUCAAUGUAGAUAUUGUCGAUUAAGAAAGUGUUUUAGAGCAGGAAUGAAAAAAGAAGCUGUGCAAAAUGAACGUGAUAGAAUAAGCACCAGAAGAAACACAUUUGAUGGCAGCAACAUCCCCUCCAUUAAUACACUGGCACAAGCUGAAGUUCGGUCUCGCCAGAUCCAAGUCUCAAGCCCUGGAGCAAGCACUGACAUAAAUGUCAAGAAAAUCGCAAGUAUUGGUGAUGUCUGUGAAUCUAUGAAACAGCAGCUCUUAGUCUUGGUAGAAUGGGCUAAAUAUAUUCCUGCCUUCUGUGAGUUACCAUUGGAUGAUCAGGUGGCACUGUUGAGAGCUCAUGCAGGAGAACAUUUAUUGCUUGGAGCUACAAAGAGAUCCAUGAUGUAUAAAGAUAUUUUGCUUUUGGGGAACAACUAUGUUAUUCACCGCAACAGCUGUGAAGUUGAAAUUAGCCGUGUGGCAAAUAGGGUUCUAGACGAACUGGUUCGACCAUUUCAGGAAAUCCAAAUUGAUGACAACGAGUAUGCUUGUUUGAAGGCAAUUGUGUUUUUUGACCCAGAUGCAAAAGGGCUAAGUGACCCAGUAAAAAUUAAGAACAUGCGGUUCCAAGUGCAGAUCAGUUUGGAGGACUACAUCAAUGAUCGUCAAUAUGACUCUCGGGGGAGGUUUGGAGAACUGCUUCUGCUCCUGCCCACACUUCAAAGCAUUACUUGGCAAAUGAUUGAGCAAAUACAGUUUGUUAAACUUUUUGGAAUGGUUAAAAUUGACAACCUACUUCAGGAAAUGUUACUGGGUGGUGCUUCCAAUGAUGGUAGUCAUCUCCAUCAUCCAGUGCAUCCACAUUUAUCUCAGGAUCCAUUAACUGGACAAACUAUACUUUUAGGUCCCAUGUCAACACUGAUUCAUACAGACCAGAUUUCAACUCCUGAAACCCCACUCCCUUCCCCACCACAAGGCUCUGGACAAGAACAGUACAAGAUAGCUGCAAACCAAGCUUCAGUCAUUGCACACCAGCCUCUCACCAAACAAAAGCAAUUGUGAAAAUGUGUUUACUUCUGAACGGCACUGCAUAAAUGUGAAAAGUUGUUGGUCUUAAAAUAUCUCAGGAUAGUACGUUUGGCAAACUCUUAGCCAAGGCUUUUUCAUGGUGCUGUAGUAAGAUGGUGUCCUGCCUGUUUUCUUGUUUAUAUGUUUUGUUUGUUGUUCCUACUAUGUAAAACUUUUACAUACAACCAAUGGUGUAUAUCAUUGUUUGAAGAUGUUUAUAUAAUGUAUUUUUUCCAGCUCCGCCUGCAUUGUGAAACAGUUGAAUCUUAUGUAUGACUUUCAUUGGUUUUCUUAAUGUUAAUUUAAGUCUGUAAAUAAUUGCUUUAUUGUGAUGUGAUACAGAACUAAAUGUUCCUUUUUUAAAACUGAGAAUA